UCAGCCCAGAUUCUUUUGAGUUGAGGCCCAUUAGGCCCAUAUUCAUCAUAUACCCGUUCAAAACUCGUCAUUUCAUCGUCACCACCACCAGUACAACAUCCGCUUUUUGAUUCCAAACCAAACCCUAAUUUCUCAGCUCGAAGUUUCCAUUUCAUUGCUUCUUCUUACCUCGAUUUUUCCCGGGUAUUAGAAUUCGGUCAAUUUACUGAAUUAUAGUGUUCUCACAUGCCAACUGAUUCUACUUCAAAAUCGCUGCGAAUUUCUGCGAUCAGUUACGAAAAUUUUGUCAAUGGGUUCGGGUAAUCAUGUUGAUAUAGUCGAUGUGAGCUCAGGCGAAGAGGAUGUCGAUACACGGGGAGACGUAGAAUACACCGAUUGGCUAAACGGUGUUAUGGAACCCGUCGAUGAUACAUCUGACAGUACCGAUAUAGUCGAGGUUCUUUCUGAGGUUAGAGGUGGUGUAAAUUCUCAGUAUCGGAAGCCAAACUCGUCGAAUCAAGCUUUGGAAGAUGAUGACGACUGUGUGAUUUUGGACUGUGAUCCCGACAAGACGAGGGAGACUACUUCAGUUGACGACGACGAUGAUGAUGAUGUGCUUGUAGUGGGUCAAAAGGGUGAGAUAGCAUGUAGAGAUUUCCCUCAUCCGCGACAUUCGUGUGCUAAGUAUGCGUUCAACUCAACAUCACAUGAGAAGUACUGUGACAUGUGUCAUUGUUAUGUGUGUGACAUCCGUGCUCCGUGUCCAUACUGGUGUAUCGCUGUCUCCUCCAUAGAUCAUUGUCAUGCUAAUGAUAAAGAGAAGAUAUGGAAGAAUCAACGUGAAUACUUCAGGACAGGAUACAUGCCUACCGCACCAUCUUCAAAACCUACUCCAAGUAUUUUACGGGUACCCAAAAACACUUUGCUUCGGAAAAACCAUGUUGAGAUCCGGCCUUGUUCAUCAUCUACCCGUGUUGCUAAUCCUUCAAGUGUCAAAGCCAGGCAUAGAAUCAGGCAACCGAUUCCGCACAAUCAAGGGUUGCAGAGUCAACCGGCACAGUCAUUAAGCACUGUUCGCGACAGCGUGAUCCAAAAGGAUAGAAGUUCUUAUAGGUUUAGCCUACGAUCCCGAGUAGCCUCUUCUGCGGGAAAUGGUAUCAGCAUCCGAUUUAACAAUGCUCAAGUUUCACAAUCCAGUCACCAUAGCUCUUCCACAGUGGCACCUACAUUAAACCCGGAAACGUACACUCAACAACGCAAUGUUCGUGAUCAUUGCACAGCGCUACCUGGUUCUCAGAGCAACGUGUUCACUCGACAUGCAGACCAGAACAUACGUGGUAGUGGAAAUCGUCAGUUUCAGACAAAUGUGGAUCGGUUUGCUCCGUCCAAAGCUCCUCUUACUGCUGAAGAUUCGCAUACAGCUACGGUACAACAGCAACCAGGGAUUAAUGAAAACGUCUUGGAGACCAAACUAUCGGAAUUUGAGAAAUGGCUAAUGGAAAAUCCUAACCCAACCGGCCCUGUUAGUCCGUUACCUGAACCGGGAAAUCAAGACUAUGCUAGUACGUUGUCAUUUGAUUUUGAAACAUUUUUGAAUGAUUGAAAGAUUCAUAAGGGUAGUUUGUAUCUCCGUCCCUAGGUUAACUCUCUUCACUGAUUGUAUUUUGUAGAGGGAGUGCUGUAGUUUAUUACAAUCUCGAUUGUGUGUAUCAUUUAAUUAGCUGCUACUAGUACAUCAUAAAAUUAAGUCC